UUCAGUUUCUACUUUUCACUCUUUCGAGCAACAUUCUGGAUAUCUGAUGAGUCUCGAAACGGUGCUGUGUGUUGAUAUUAUAGAAUAUAAGUUGUAAUCCUGGUAUCUGCUGCAGGAGCCCGUUUAUUUGCAGUUGUAAUAAUUUUCAUAUAACGUACCAAGUGUAUAACAAAAGCCAUAAUUGCAAAUAGUGAUAUGGCAUUUCUCACAGUACGACUGGUUGCUAAUGCUGCAGCAAAAAAUGCAAACCAGAAUAUUACUUCCAGUUUCAAGAAGCUUUGUCUAUCAUCGUUGGAUCAGCAAAUUGGAUCAACAGCACAGUUUAGUGUUCUGGCUACUGCAAAUAAACGCCACGCGCCACUGAAAAACCAAUCUCUACUAAGUGCGGCAACCCUCUCAAAUCAAAAUGUCAACAUGACAAUACCGAAUCGAGACUUCACAGUACAGGAAAUCUCCCGGAGUCUGCAACUGUAUUCGAAGCAGAAGAGAAACGUCGACAAGGACCCGAAAACCCUCCAAUUGAAGGAUGGCUUUGACAAACCAACUGUGCUAAUGUUUGCAUGGCUCAAUGCUAAACAGAAGCAUUUGGCCAAAUACGCAAGCCUCUACACUGAUCAAGGGUUUGAGGUUGUAGUGACACAGCUGACCCCAUGGCAGCUGAUGUGGCCGGUCAAAGGCUCUCAGCUAGUUGCUGCGGAUAUCGUAAAGUUUUUGAAGAACAACGAGUUUAGAAAUGGACUAGUUUUUCAUGGAUUUUCAGUGGGUGGAUAUCUUUGGGGUGAAUGUUUGGUUCACAUCGUUCGAGAUCUACAGAACUAUCAGAUUGUAUUGGAUCGCGUCAAGGGGCAAAUUUGGGAUAGUGCCGCAGACAUAACAGAAAUUCCUGAAGGAGUCCCGCGGGCGUUGUUUCCAAGAAAUCCGACGCUACGUAAUGCGUUGAAAAAAUAUAUGAUAUACCACAUGAAGGCAUUUCAUGAACCAGCCACAUCACAUUACAUUCGCUCGAGUCAAAUGUUUCACACAAAUCUCCUGAGAUGUCCGGCUAUUUUCUUUGUUUCGAAAACCGAUCCCGUUGGAACGGAGGAGGCCAAUACCAGAGUAAAAGACAGCUGGGAGUCUAAUGGAGUAAAGUGCACUUUUAAAUGCUGGGACCGGUCACCUCACGUGGGUCACUUCCGUAGACACACCGAAGAGUACACUGAACUACUGUUUUCGCAUUUGCGGCAAUUAGAACUGGGUGGGCAUAAACAGGCCUUGCGAGCGAAACUUUAAUCUUGGAUAAAAAUGCUCUGUGAUACUUAAAAGCAAACGGAAAAAAACAAAUAUGUCAUAAACCAUAACACAUAAAUCUUUUUUAAAUCAAUUCUAUAGUCUACCAGUACGUGUUAUUUACUUGAAAAAAUCCUCAGAAAACCCUGUUUUAUAUUUCAAUAAUAGUUGCAAACCCGACCCAGUUUGUGUUUCGACAAUCAUCCACUCUCGAUGUGGACAUGCCAAAAAGUUAAUCCAUAUCAUGCUAGUAUUAUUCUUCUUUUUAAACAUUUAAUUAUAUUUGGUUUAAACCUUUGUUCUGUUAUUUGUUACGCAGCUCCAGAAGUAUUGAAAAAAUAAUAAAUAAAAACAAAAACAGUCGUGAAUCUACAGAAUAAAGUUUAAAUUCACACUAAUACACACACAUGUUUUGAAGAUAUAGUGACAAAAUGUGGUAGCUCGGAUGUUAUUAGAAAUAUAUCUUAGAUCAGAUUGA